AUGGCAUUCGCUAACCGCCAGAACACAGAACUAUUCACUCUAGCCUACGGGUCAGUAGUGGCACAGCUCUGUAGAGAUUUCAACAACAACUACGUGGAAGUCAACCAGCAGCUUGACAAAAUGGGCUAUAAUAUCGGUAUGAGACUCAUCGAGGAGUUUUUGGCCCGAACAGGCGCGCAGAGAUGCGGCACAUUUAAGGAAACAGCCGAUAUGAUCACUAAAGUUGGAUUCAAGAUGUUUUUGAACAUUGUUCCUGCCGUGGAGAACUUCUCAUCGGAUGGAAAGAGCUUUUCGAUUGUCUUAACAGAGAAUCCAUUGGCGGAAUUUGUAGAGCUUCCCGUGACCCUGGACCCAAAGAUCCAGAAGGAGUUGUGGUAUUCCCAGUUGUACUGUGGAGUGUUGCGUGGAGCGCUCCAAAUGGUUCAGUUGGACACAGAUGUGUACUUCGUUCGGGAUGCGUUGCGAGGCGACGAGAAGACCGAGAUAAGGGUCAAGUUGAAUCGGAUCUUGAAGGAUGAGGUACCUGCUGGCGAGGACUAG